AAAGUCGAUACCUUUAAACGUUGGCCACUUUACUGAUUUUGAUACCAGGAUCAAUUACAUACAUCUCAUCAUGUUCAAGCUGUUCGUACUCUGUUUGGUCCCAUGCGUGCUUUGUGCGCCACAGAAGAAAUUCAUCGAACAAUUUGGCCUUCCGCUUGGCAACCUGUUUGAUCUAAACACUCUGAAGUGUGAUGUCCAGAUCAUGCUGGAUGUCCUGGGUGCUGACCCCACGGAGCAGGCCUGCGAGGCUGAGUGUCACAAACUAGUCCAGGACGGAACCACGCUGUCAUAUGGAUGCCCGCUUGUUUGCCAUGCCUUCCAAAACUUGGCCCACUAUUUCCACGAAACCCCUAAACCAGGCCAGGCCAACACGACUUGCGGUGGUCUCAACGUUAAUCCUGGCAAAUAGAGAAAUCUUAGCAUGAAUCUGAACCUGAUAAUAGCUAUAGAAAAAAGAAUAAAACAUAAAGGAGA